CGCUUCCCACCUGUCGAGUGUUUCCGACUUCCAUCAUGAACCAUGCCAUGAUGGGCCGUCAGCACGCGAUGGACACGGAAGAUGCGGCAGAGCUGAACUUGGGUGAAGACUUCCAGCAAGAAACGUGCUUGUCGAAUGCAGAAGUGGCGGUGAUUCUCGAAAAGCAAAAGUCGGACUACGAGAGUUCCGAGAAGCCACUCACGUCGGUGUUCCAGAAGACAUAUUCAUACGUGCAGAGGUUCUCGGGGACGAAGGACCCGGUUGCCAACCAGGCAAGUGUCACGGAGCUUCGUGAGGCUCUGAUUACGUAUGAGUUCACGCGCGAGAGUCCGGACGACCCGUCGCAAGCGAUCGAAGUGCGGUUGGAAGAGUUUGAGAUCGCGUGUCUCUCGAACUUGAAUCCUGAAGAGCCCGAAGAAGCGAUGGCGCUUAUCCCGAGCUUGAACAAGAAGUUUACCGAGGAAGACAUUGACGAAAUUCUCCAAAUUAUUGCGCGCACGACGGCGCGCAUGUACGCCUAAUACGACCGCGAACAUCCUCCAACACGACACUGGAUGUAGAUGCUGUCCUCGCGUGGCUCUCUUCCAGGUCCUUAAGUUGAUCAAGGUCAUCGCUGUCUGCGCGCUCCAUGACGAUAAAUAGUCGCACCCAUUUCCGCGUCA